GGGGCCUUGCGGGGUCAUGGCGAGCUCGGAGAGGAGUGCGCUGCUCACGUAUCGCCUGUGCGGCGGCUCGGGCGAGGAGGAGCGGGGCCGAGCUGCCGCCGCAGCCACCCCCCGCAAGCUGCCCACCUUCCUGGGCGUCGUGGUGCCCACGCUGCUCUCCAUGUUCAGUGUCGUCCUUUUCCUGCGCCUUGGGUUUGUGGUGGGCCAUGCCGGGUUGUACCAAGCUCUGAUCAUGUUUGUGGUGGCAUACUUCAUCAUUGGCAUGACGGUGCUGUCUGUGUGUGCCAUUGCCACCAAUGGGGCGCUGGAUGCUGGAGGAGCCUACUAUAUGAUCAGCCGUGCUCUAGGACCGGAGUUUGGGGGCAGCAUUGGCAUCAUGUUUUUUCUAGCCAACGUGUGUGGCAGUGCCCUCUAUGUGCUGGGGCUGGUGGAGGCAGUAGUGGACAGCUUUGGGAUCCCUCCUGGGCAAAAAGCAGGCACAGGCAUCCAUGUCCUGCCCCAGAGCUACUGGUAUGAACUACUCUACGGCACUAUCCUGCUGGCCCUCUGCCUCCUUGUAUGCCUCGUGGGUGCCUCCAUCUACGCCAAGGCCACCUUCCUCAUCUUUCUCAUCGUCGCAGGCGUUCUGGGCACCAUCCUCAUCAGCUUCUUUGCAACGCGGCCCAUCGAGGUGUCCAUCCUCCUGCCCAACUCCAACGGCUCUGAGACAAGGAAUGGCAGCUUCACUGGCUUCUCCCUUGCCACCCUGCGAGCCAACCUGGGGGGUGGGUACGAUGUGGACUACACCACCGGGCAGAUGAUGAGCUUCAGCUCUGUCUUUGCGGUGAUGUUCAACGGCUGCACAGGCAUCAUGGCAGGUUCCAACAUGUCAGGGGACCUGAAGCGCCCAAGCUAUUCUAUCCCACGGGGCACCAUCUCUGCUGUGCUCUUCACCUACCUUGUCUACAACCUGUUGGCUUUCCUCAUGUGUGCCACCUGUGACAGGACCCUGCUGCAGAAGGACUACGGUUUCUUGCGUGACAUCAGUAUCUUCCCACCUCUGGUCACUGUGGGCAUCUAUGCUGCCACCCUCUCUGCAGCCAUGAGCAACCUCAUUGGGGCAUCUCGCAUCCUCUAUGCCCUAGCUCGGGAUGAUCUCUUUGGCCGGGCACUGGCACUGGCCAAGAAGACAUCUGCCAGUGGGAAUCCAGUGAUGGCAGUGAUCCUCUCCUGGCUGGUGGUGCAGCUGGUGCUCUUCUCUGGGAAGCUCAACACCAUCGCAGGGGUUGUGACCACCUUCUUCCUGCUUGUUUAUGCCACUGUCAACCUGGCUUGUCUGGCACUGGAAUGGGCAUCAGCCCCAAACUUCAGGCCUACCUUCCGGUACUUCACCUGGCACACAUGUCUGCUGGGCAUCGCGGGCUGCUGUGUCAUGAUGUUCCUCAUCAGCCCUGUGUCAGCCUCAGCAAGCCUAGGCUUCCUCCUCCUCCUCCUCCUCGCCCUCCACUACCUCUCACCGAGCAGCACCUGGGGCUACAUCAGCCAGGCCCUCAUCUUCCACCAGGUGCGGAAGUACCUGCUGAUGCUGGAUGUACGGAAGGACCACGUCAAGUUCUGGCGCCCGCAGAUGCUGCUGAUGGUGCAGAACCCACGGGGCAGUGCCCGCCUCAUUGACUUUGUCAAUGACCUCAAGAAGAGUGGCCUCUAUGUCCUGGGCCACGUUGAGCUGCAGGACUUGGACAUGCUGCCCUCAGACCCACUGCAGCCUCAGCAGGACUCAUGGUUGAGCUUAGUGGACAGAUUGAAUGUCAAGGCCUUCGUCAGCCUUACCCUUGCGCCUUCGGUGCGGCACGGUGUCCGGCAGCUCCUCUUCACCUCUGGCCUUGGCGGGAUGCGCCCCAACACCCUGGUGUUGGGCUUCUAUGAUGAUGAGGCACCGCAGGACGGUCUGGCCCGGCACCCUGCCUUCACCAGUGCCCGUGAGGAGGUCCCCUUGAGCUUCCCCCCAAUACGGGCACCCACGGCCCCCAAACUGCUGUCACCCCGGGAGUAUGUGGGCAUCGUGGCUGAUGCUCUGAAGAUGCUUCGCAAUGUCUUGCUGGCCCGGCAGCUGGAGAGCCUGGACAAGGCCUGGGAGCUGCGGAGGGCUGCCAGCCCCCCACCCACCAUCCACGUCUGGCCCGUCAACCUGCUGCGCCCCGACAGCGCCCGCUACGCCGACACCUGCAGCCUCUUCCUGCUGCAGAUGGCCUGCGUCCUCAACAUGGCACGGGCCUGGCGCCGGGCGCGCCUGCGCCUCUUCCUCUGCGUGGAGGCGGGUGCCAUGCCUCAUGCCCAGGAGGAGAAGCUACGCCAGCUCCUCAAGGACUUGCGCAUUCAAGCCCAGAUCCAGUUGGUGCCGUGGGACACUGUCACUCGUCUGCACUGGCAAACCCCCAGGGGCCCCCCGGGAGGGCCGGCGCUUGCUGGAGAGGAGGAGGAAGGGACGGUGAACUUCCCUGCCAACACCACCCAGGUGUCAGAUGAGUAUGUCUGUGCCGCCAACAAACUUGUCCUGGAGCAGAGCCCUGCGCCAGCCGUGCGUUUCCUCUACCUGCCGCGGCCUCCAGCUGACACCAGCCUCUACCCUCUCUACCUGCACCAGCUGGAGCUGCUCACUCGCGGGCUGGGCCCCACUGUGCUGGUGCAUGGAGUGAGUGCCGUCACCAGCACCCAGCUGUAGGGCAUCCCCCCCUCCCCCUCCCGGCUCCCUGCACCCUCCUUCACCCAGUGCCUUCAGCAGCCUGAGCCUGGGGAUGUCCCCAGCCUCAGUGUCCCCACCUUGGCAGGCAGGGAGGUGGUGGUGCCCCACGCUGGAAGGUGGCUGGGGUGUUUUUUUGAGGGGUGUCUCCUGCAGAGAAUUAAAGCUGUCCUGGCAGGAUCCGGGCACAGCCCUGGCAGCAGCCAGGCAGCACAGUGCAUUCAUGGUGCCUUUUCUUGGUGCUAGUGGCAGGGAAUAGCAGGGGUCCCAGGGAGUGUCGAGCAGUGGGAGACCCAAAUGGUUGCUGGGAGCCCCCUGGUUGCACCCAGCACCCACCCUCCUUAUGCUUCCCUCCUCCUGCAGCCCUCAGCUGCUCCUCCGCCAGCUCCUCUGGGCUCCCAGCCAGCAGCAGGGAUUGAUUAAAGGCAGCCUCGACCUUGGUGCCCCAGCUCCCCGCCAUCUUCCCUGCCUUUCAUUAGGAAAAAUUAAAUGGGAUGGGGUGGGGGAGGGGAGCCUGGAUGCCUGAGUUCCCUACGUGAGGCUGGGGGCGAACAGCUGGCUGUUGGCCCUAUUGGCUAUGGGGUAUGGCGCCCCCGAUCCUGCUCAGUGCUCCCGGUUCUGCAGAGGGCGGGGCACCCAGAUGCUUUAAUCUGUGCACACACAUCCUGCUGUGGAGCCUGAGCCCCUGCCUGGGACAGGGAGGGGGAAGAUGAUUCAGGGAGAGGUGCUGACCCUGCUCUGGGACUUGCCUCAUGGGGCAUUGCCAUCUCCCUACAGCCAUCGUGACCUGCACAGGGGAGCUGGCACUGCCCCCUGUCUCAUCCUUAUUGAUUAGAGGAGGGCAGGAAAUUGCAUAGGUGCUGGGUGAUAAAUCCAUCGGGUGCCUGGCAGGUGGGCAGGAUGCCCAGGUACUGCCUGAUGGAUUACUUCUUAUUAGCCCUGGCUCAAGGGGGAGGGGCUGCUCCGGACCAGGCUGGGCUCCAGUGAGGGGCACAAGUGUGGCACUGCUACCUGUACCUGCCCUCUCCAAGCCUGGUGCUACCAACUGGCAGUUCUGCUCAGAUAGGGGUGUUACUAGCAGAGGGGAAAGGGGGAGAACACCCUUGCUUCCCCACAUUUUGCAGCAUGUUAUGACCAAAUCCCCACCCUGGCAAGUGUGUUGAGGGCUGGGUCUGGCUUUGCUCCCCGCCGUGGGAGGUAGGUGCCCCGGGCUAGGCACCGUGUGGCCCGCAGCAUUUAUUUACAAACAGACAGGAGCUGGCACAGGCCAGCCGGGCACCAGCGGGACCCAGCGGCCUAUAAUGUUAAUUAUCACCACGUAAUUAAAAGCCCAUAAAAAGCC